CUAACUACGAACGCGCACCGCACGGCCGCACAACAUGGCACACCAAUAGCGAACAAAGUGAACAAGUGCUUGGUGACUGUGAAAAGUGAUAUCAUUGUUUCAUCCUUCAUUGUUCUUCAGAUGCCAGUGUGUUAUGAGACAUGACGCGGGACAGUUACGAAAUGAAACCAAACCGCUUGUCCAGGGGUGGCUCCCUGUUCGGAAAUGAUCCUCAAGUUCAGCUAAGAACAGCACUCCGUACAAAUGACUUCGCAACCUUCAAGAAACUUGUAAGUUACGGUGCUGUUAAUCUAGAACACGUUUAUCCAUAUCCUGAUUACAAGACUUGCCUUGAACUAGCCGUUUCGGAACCAAACAAAAUUGAGUUCGUAAAACUAUUGUUGCAACAUGAGGUGCAAGUCAACAGAAUUAAUGAAACCCACGCCGCUGCUCCUUUACACUUUGCUGUAGAAAAUGGAAAUCUUGAAGCACUGAAUUCUCUAUUAGAAGACGAUAGAAUAGAUAUUAAUAUUAAGUGUAAAGGAAAUACUGCAUUACUGAUGGCAAUUAAAAGUAUACAAGAAUUAGACGAUGACCGCGAACGUGAGUUAGAUGUAUAUGAAGAUAUGAUAGAAAAGCUUCUAAAAGCUGGUUGCGAUGCUAAUUCUCCUGAUUUAAAAGGCGUUACUCCCGUUUAUUCAGCAGCAAAGCAAGGACUUGAGAGAGUUGUCACCUACAUUUUAGAUUAUGCAAAAGAUCCUAUUGAUUUGGAUUUUUACAAGGACGUUCGAGGUAGGUCGGCGAGAUAUUAUUUGCAAGAAGCUUUUCCACAUCUGAUAGCGAAAUUCGAGUCCAACGCGGAAAUCGAAGAGUCGAUUGACGUGGACAAAUUAUUUUCCUAUUUAAGUAGACAUGAGGAGGAUAAUUUUAUUCGCGAUUUAACGAAACUUUUCAAAAAAAAUGAGCACCGACCAAUUUUUGCCGCUAAUAAUGGAAUGAACACAAUGUUACAACUUGCUGUGGAUAAAGGAUUUGAAAGAGUUGCAUUAGCAUUGCUUAAUUCGGGAGCAGAUCCAAAUGCCACAUGUCCAGGUAAUAAUUCUCGUCCUAUUGCCAUUGCUUGUUACAACGGAUAUUGCAAAAUACUCAAAAUGUUCAUUGACAACGAGUUAACUUUAUUUGAUCCAGUAAAUAACGAAUCUCUUCUUCAAUUAACCGUAAAAGGAAUGAGGUCUGCUUCUAAAAACCCAAAAGCCGACUUCAAAGGAUGUUUAAAUUUACUGUUAUCCAAUCCAAAGGUAAAUAUAAACAUUAAUUAUCAAGAUAUGAAAGAUAAUACGGCAUUACAUUAUGCUGCAAGAAAUGGCGACAACGACACUGUUUUAGAAUUGCUUAGAAAAGGGGCUUGUGUAGGGUUAUACAACAGGUUCAAUGAACCACCGUUAGCAGAUAUAAAUGCGAGAACUCUAGAAACGUUUUUGGACGAAUGCAUUGAAUCAAAUGGCGAACGACCUAGUGACGAAGACUACGAAAUUCGUAUCAAAUACAGUUUUCUCGUUUAUCCUAACCAUUCAUUAGAAAGUGAGAUGUGCAAAGUUCCAUUAAUGGAUAACUCUAACAAUAAUAACAUAGUUAAAGAAUACGAGGCUAUUUUGGCUCCAGAAACAGAAGCGUUGUUAUACAUGACUAGAAAUGAAGAAUUACGACCACUUUUAAAACAUCCAGUAAUAACCAGUUUUCUUUAUUUGAAAUGGCAGCGAAUAAGCUGUCUUUUUUAUGCAAACAUAACCUUUUAUUCACUAUUGUGGUUAUGUUUAAUGUUAUAUAUAAUAUUGGGAUAUGGAAUUGAAAAGCAACAAUCAAAGUCCGUUGAAAUGAUAAAUGUCAUAACUUAUAUCGGAGCUUGUAUUGGCCUGAUACUCUUGGUAAUUCGAGAAAUAUUUCAGUUAUUAGUAUCACCGACAAGAUACCUGCAAAGUAUCGAAAAUUUGAUGGAGAUUGCCUUAAUAUUCGUAACGGCAACGAUUUUAUGCAACGAUUCAGCACCAGAAUCUGUCAAACAACAGUUGUCUGCAGUUGCUAUUCUACUCUCGUCCGCAGAGCUUGUGCUACUCAUUGGUCAAUUUCCUACAUUAUCAACAAAUAUCGUUAUGUUGAAAACUGUUUCUUGGAAUUUCUUCAAAUUUUUACUUUGGUACUGUAUCUUAAUAAUAGCAUUUGCUCUGAGUUUCUAUACGUUAUUUAAAAAAGGCGAAGAACAGGAAGACCAAAAAGCACCAAACCCGAACAUCACUGGCCCAGAGGAUGAAGAAGAGGAAGAAUUUUUCGAAGACCCCGGAAGCUCUCUGUUUAAAACUAUUGUUAUGUUAACGGGAGAAUUUGAUGCUGGAUCUAUCAAAUUUAGUACAUUUCCAGUGACAAGUCAUAUAAUAUUCAUUGUUUUCGUUUUUAUGGUUCCCAUUGUCUUGUUUAAUUUACUCAAUGGUUUAGCAGUCAGUGAUACACAGGAGAUAAGAGCUGAUGCUGAAUUAGUGGGGCACAUAUCAAGGGUUAAGCUUAUAUCUUAUUUUGAAAGUGUGCUUAUUGGCAAAAUGUAUACACAACCGCUAAAAUGCUGGUCAUGGUUGCCCCCUUCCCUGCAAGAUUUAAACAUUAUCAAACCGCAGAUGGUCUGCAUAAAACCUCUGGCUCAUAGAAUCAGUCUGUUUCCAGUAUUUUUGCCUAAAUAUGGAAUAACAGUCAAGCCUAAUCAAAAUAACGUUAUAGAAAUACCGCGACCAGAAAAUAUUGGCAAAUUUGGUGAUGAUUAUGAAGAUGUUGAAGGAGGCAAAUGUUGCUUUGAGCAGUGUCAGGCCUUUAGGUUGGACAGAAGAAUUGUCAAAAACGCUAAAAUAAUUAUCAGCAAGAGGACAUACGUAUCCGAAUUCGACGAAAUGAAAAAUAUACUUUCAAAAUAUGAAACAAAAAUUUCUAGUAUAGAAAGUACACUAAAGAAGGUUCUACAGCAGUUAGAAACUCGUUGAUAUAGUUUUUAUUUUAAAAUAAUACUACACAUGGAACUGAUAUGUACUUAUUAGUAUGUGAAUAAAUGAAUAUACUUCAAUUUUUCACAACACAACAUACAGAAAUAUUUAAAACAAAAAAGUAACUCAGUAUUUUCUAAUUAGUAUAUACUGAUUUUUUAAUAAUUUAAAAUGCAUAUAAAAAUUUUCGGAACCGGCCGGAUUUGAACCUGCGACUCUCGGGCAAUCGC